AAGGUGUUCCCAUUCCAUUUGAUGUUCGAUCGGCAGAUGAAAAUUGUGCAAGCAGGAAAAUCCGUUUCGCGCGUCAUUCCAAGAGUUUCGGUGGAAAAUUGUUCGAUACUAGAAGUACUUGAGGCCAUACGUCCGCAUCUACAGUUGAGCUUCGAGAAUAUUUUAUCGCACAUCAAUACGAUUUAUGUUCUGCAGACGCGUCAAGGUGCAAUGGGAAAGCAUGAACGUUAUCUGCGGUUGAAG